AUUAAUCUGGUGAUCAAACUAUUUGGCAUUGGCAAACAUCAUUGCAUUUAUUUAAAACACGUGCCCCAAUAAAACACUUUUAAUAGCCUCGAUCUGUCCUAUAGAGAGACAGAUAUGGUAAUAAUGCCACUCCUCCAGACACCGAGGGAAUCCCGCUUCACUUCCGUCAUUCAGUCGUUAAACCCCGGCGAGCGUGAGUCACGAGUGCGCGCUCUGCGCGGUUCACACACGUCCGUCAUCUCGAUCGCGCUGGAACCGAAAACCUGACGUCACCUCCGCGAGGAUCACCGGAGAUCACAGGUGCAUUCCCGAACCCGUCCGUACAGUCUGCAGUCACCUGAGCUCGGACCUGAAACACGGCACGGGAUCCACGCGGACAUGGGCAAAACCCGGGCUCUGAUUCUCCUGUGUGCCGCUCUCGGUUUAUGUCACUCCAGGCUGGUGACCGUUCCUAAGGGCCCUUUGCUCCGGGUUGAGGGUCAGCCAUUGUCUCUUCGCUGUGAUGUAUCGGACUAUGAGGGCCCGAGCGAGCAGGACUUUGAUUGGAAAGUGAUGCGAGGGACAGAAUCCAUCAAUGUGAUUUCAACGUUUGAUCCCAGAUACUCGGACCGCUCUAUUGUGGACCGUAUAAAGAGUGGAGACAUUUCUGUGUCACGUUUAAAAGACAAUGCAGUGGAGCUCAGAAUCAGAGAGGCCAGAAUCAGUGAUAGCGCCACCUACACCUGCAGUACUCCAAGUACAGAUUCAGUUAUCAGUGGAAACUACGAUGCAGAUGUUCAGCUGCGAGUUGUUCCUAAUAGUCUAAUUGUGGCUCCUGAAGCCCCAGACCCUGUCGUUCCUGAAGGUGGAUCUUUCAGACUCCUAUGCAAUGUUUCCCAUAACUUCAUCGAGGGAAUUUACCUUUCCAUUACAUGGUCAGUGAGAAAUGGAUCAUCUGUGUCGCAGGAUCUGCUCACUUUCGGUCCUGGUUUGGACGUAACAGUUGGAAACGGCUUCACGCGACGCUACGCAGAUGGUGCCAUGCGGUUAGAAAUGGGAAGCGAGGUGUCCCGCAGUCUGGUGCUCUCCGGAGCGAUCCCGGACGAUCGGGGGACGUACGCGUGUGCGGCCAGACUGUGGACGCGGGAGCAGGGAAUCUGGAAGAGAAUUCAGGAAAAGACUGUGGAGAUGGGGGAAGUGUCUGUCACCCCUGCAGCGAGCUCUCUCAGUGUGGAGGUCCGGGAAAGCAGAUCAUUAUCGUCCGGAGAGACGCUGAUACUCAACUGUACGGUUUCUGUCAAUGACUUGAACUCGGUUGACCUGGAGGUGACGUGGCUGCUGAAUGGCACCCGUGUGCUGGCCGGUUUGGGUCGAGACGGCGUCCUGCGCACCUCCUCUGAUGGUGUGGAUGUGAGACGUUUGGGCAAAUGGGAUUUUCAACUGAAGGUUCACCGAGUGGAUACGACUGACGCAGGACUCUAUUCGUGUAAAGUGAGCAUGUGGAUCAAUCAUAACAGUGGAAGCUGGUACGAAGCCGCCGAGAAGAUUUCUGCUCCGGUGCGAGUUAACGUCAUCAAGCAAAAUUUGGAUUACGCUGUCGUUCUCGGCUCAACUUUGAGUGCCAAGUUCUCAGGAGAUCCAACAGAACUGCAAUGCAAAGUUUCAAACGUUUCCAACCUUCACAAUGGUCGUCUGGCAGUGUCAUGGUUCCUUAAAAAUGCUGUGCCCGGUGUUGACCCGGUAACCACCCGCACUGUGGCGUCACUGGAUGAGAACGGAACCCUUGUACCAGGCGAGUCGUAUGAGAGUCGCAUGAAGGAGGGGCUUAUCACGGUCACCCGAGUGGAACCCUAUGUGUUUAAGCUCCGCCUCCUGCACACAACGGAUGCGGACCUGGGCGAUUACACCUGUGCCGUCACAGCGUGGAUUCAUUCUCAACAUGGGAACUGGAAAAAGGCAGCUGAGUUCCUGAGCCCAACGCUCAAAGUUAGCUUCGCUAACAAAAGUCCCGUCCUCGGAGUGGUGGCCCGACGGCUACGAGAAGCUACGGCGACCGGGUCUACGUUUGAGAUGAGCUGCCAGGCCAAUGCACAAAACCUGCCGCAGGGAACCGCUUUCUCCAUUCUCAUCCUAUCGGAGGAGUCUGUAGGGUCGCCGAGCCGCAAACUGGCAUCGUUGGGUCCUGAGAUGGUCCUGAAACUGGAGGACUGGGCUGAACCUGGCCGAAAAGACAACCUGAUGCUGGUAAAGACCGGGAAGAAAGAAUUCCAGUUCCGGAUCCAAGGGGUGCAGGUGACCGAUCGAGGGUUUUACUCGUGUGAAAUGAAAGCUUGGUCAAAGCAGCCUGGAGAAGACUGGAUGGAGAUGGCCAAAGGGGUAUCCAAUAAAGUCCAGAUUGCUUUUGAGCACAGAGGUCCCACAUUCGAUGUGUCCAUCAAUUCAGACACCGUGAGUGUUUUUCCCUGGGAAACUGCAAAGAUGAUGUGUGAUGUAAAGGUUACCGGGACAUUGCCCACUACAGAUGAUGUAGCGUAUGAGAUCAAAUGGUUUUUGGGUCGCCUGAAGGGUCCCAGUAGCCCCUUCUUGUUAGCCAGUGUUGAUCGCUGGGGCGUCGUGCGCAAGACUCUUCGCAAUGACAGCAGUGACUGCAGUCUGGAGCGGCUGGGACCCAGAAAGUUCACCCUUAACGUCCACAACGCCCAGGACAGCGACGCCGGGGAUUAUUACUGUACCGUAACGCCCUGGAUACGAUCGACCGCUACAGGGAUCUGGAGCAACGUUCCCGAAGUGACCUCGACGAAAGUCUUCCUCAGUGUGAAGUUUGCAUUGUGGAAUUCAAUGAAGCUGCCUUUACUGUACGGGAUCUGUGCUUCGGGAACAGUGGGCGUCUUUUCUCUCGUACUGGGUUUGGUUUGUGCUCGGUGUUGCUUUAAAAGCACAACAUCUUCUCCUCGCUCUCGCACCAAACUUAUGGAGCUUGAGAUGGAUUGACAACCACAGAAUCUCAGUAGCUGCUCUCUUCCUGCCUGGACACCAUGUUGAGGGCUUGACGGACAGGUGAAGCUUGUUGAAAGACUUUAUCGUGCAAUGCCUGUGAGGACGUGACCAUAGGAAGAAACCGGAUUCUCAGAGAAAAUCACUACUGUCUCAGCGUCGACUGCCAGGGCAUUUAACCGAUAUAUUGCACUAAACAUAGUCUGUCAGCAGGAAGACAUUUUAUGGAUCUUUUAGAAGUGUUUUUAGAGUCUGAUGAGAUACCCGCCAUGCUUCGCAGUUUUCACAGAUUGAAGGAUUAAUUACACUACAUUAAGCUCCAAAGAGCCACCUGCCUCCAGAUCAGGGUUUAAACUUCUUUCUUCUGACUAUGGUGCUACUGUCACUUGCUGAGACAUGGGAGGAGCUAAACCCGUGCCGAAAUGUGAACACUGUUUUAUGUGUGAUUUUGUGACAUAAGCGUUGUACUGUAUGCCCUAUUUAACAUUCUCCCACCCGUCCGAAAUUUACUGGUUCUGACCAGCAGAUUGUUUUAAAUUAUUUUUUUAAUUGUAGGACAGAUUGAUAGGUUAAUUGCCAUUCUAAAGGGAGAUUACACUGCAUUUAAAGCAUUAAUGUUUUAGACCAGGCAUCAUAUAUGGGCUAUAAUACAGAUAUGAUGUCAUUGAUGAUGUCAGUCAGUGUUCGUUUGUACGAAGUAAAAUAUGAAAACAAUAGAAGUGUAUUAAAACUCUUAAAUUACUAUGUACCCAUGACAGAGUGCAUAAUUUAUCUAGCUAGCUGGCUAACACCCUAAACAUAGCCUAACAACCACCAUAAUAAUUACCCAAAACAACACCCAAGCAUGUCAUAGAAACCACCUAACAAUAAUGCACAUCACCCUAGCAACCCACAGAACCCUUUUCCAGCUGCUUAGCAACACCCAAGUAAACACUAAUAAUGCCAUUGCAUCCAUCUGGAACACCCUACCAGCUGCUUAGCAACACCCAAGGAAACACUAAUAAUGCCACAGCAACCAUCUAACAGCCCUAGCACCGCCUAGAACACCAUUCCUGCUGUUUAGCAAAACCCACAGACACAGUAAUAAUGCCACAGCAACC